AUGGACGGAGACGCAAUCAGAAUCUUGCUAGUCGGUGAUGAGAAAUGUGGAAAGACGUCGUUCAUCUCACGACUGAGCGCUGGCGAAGGAACCGGCCCCAUCACGCUGCUCAGAGACAUUGAUCAACCUUUCAUCUUUGAGAUCAAGCUUGGCCAAAACCCGUAUCGUUUGGAGUUCUACGAUACAAAUAGCCCCGAAAAUUGGAAGCUCCUCGACCCCGACAUCGUCAUCUUGUGCUACGAUAUCAGCCAGCGACUCAGUCUCAUCAAUAUGAGAAGACAUUGGCUCAAAGAGGUCAAACUGUCCUUUCGCAGACCCGACCGUCUGCCUAUCCUCUUGCUGGGCCUCAAACGAGACCUGAGAUCGGAAGAUGAUCCAAAUGGCAUCAUCUACCCCCAAGAAGCCUACCAGCAGGCGCAGGAGAUGCGGAUAGACAGAUACAUGGAGUGCUCUGCGGUGACGGGGGAGCUUAUCAAGCUGGCGUUCGAAGACAUUUGCAAGACGGCGGUGAUGACGCGGAAGGCCGAGGGCGGGCAGACCGAGGGUGGAUGUGUCGCCAUGUAA